AUGCCAUCAACACAGAAUACUUCCGACAGCUCUCCUGCCAAAACAGUAACUCUCAUCCUUGACAAGCCAGCGGACUGGAAACAAUGGCUGUUCACGAUUCGUCAAAGGGCUGAGAACACCAACAUUUGGCAGUAUAUCGAUCCAGAUAUAAACUCUCAACCUUCUACUCUCACAGAACCAACUCUACCUAAACUGGAAGAUGCCCUGUCUAGUUCUCAUGAUGAGACCGAGCCUAAAUGUGUCAUAUCUGGGACGUAG